GAACACACCUGAAUCACAUGAUAUGGAGGGGAUUGGAACUCCUGAAUCACAUGAUAUGGAGGGGAUAGGAACACCUGAAUCACAUGAUAUGGAGGGAUUGGAACUCCUGAAUCCCAUGAUUGGGAGAGGAUUGGAACUCCUGAAUCACAUGAUUGUGAGGGGAUUGGAGUACCUGAAUCACAUGAUAUGGAGGGGGAUUGGAACACCUGAAUCACAUGAUUGGGAGGGGAUUGGACAACACCUGAAUCACAUGAUUCGGAGGGAAUUGGAACACCUGAAUCCCAUGAUUGGGAGGGGAUUGGAGCACCUGAAUCCCAUGAUUGGGAGGGGAUUGGAACACCUGAAUCACAUGAUUGGGAGGGGAUUGGGAACA